CGGCUGCUUACAUUUGCUUUCUACCAGGCGAACGGCGCGGACGCAUUAAACUACAGAAAAGAACACAUAGUUUUGUAGCUACUUUGAAGUGCACUUCAUAAGCAGAAUACAGAAUUGUAUAUUUUUUGUUGAGAUUUUGCGGAAACGCUAACAGAAAGUAAAAUCGGAAAUAUUUACAUAAGUAUAUAAAAGGAAUACAAACUAACGGUGGCAAAGUGUUUUUGUGUUUCGUGUUCAGUGCGAAAGUAACAAAAUGAAAAAUUCCAAAUACAUGAAAACAAAUAUAAAGUAGUUGAAAGUCAAUACAUUACAUACAUACAUAUUUACAUGCGUGUGUGUAUGAGCAAAUAGUGGAAGAAUAGCUGUGCUCAUUGUGUAAUGUCUACGAACUCACAUUAAAGUGCCAAAGCAUAAGUCUUUGACAGCAAAGUAAUUUUGUGCACGACGCAAGUACUAAAACAAAGAGUCUACCACAUUAAAUAUCAAAAGAAACAUUAAGAAGAGAGAAGCAAAAAGAAUAAUUAAAAAAUUUUUAAAAAUAAAUAAAUAUUUAAAGUGAACUUAUAAAAUCGCCAAGGAGUGCAGGUAAAAGAGAAAAGUGAAAAAGUACACAAUAAACAAACAACGAAGCAGCAGAAGAGCAUAAGCGCCAGCUUAACGGUUAUUAGAAGUAACACAUCCUUAACACAUUUCUGUCAACAGUGGAGAAGAGUGUAUACAUUAACAAAGAAGCUCAACGAAAAUGGUGCAAAAAUUCCAAUCGCCCGUUAGGGUCUACAAACACCCAUUCGAGUUGGUUAUGAAGGCUUACGAAUGUCGCUUUCCAAAAUGUCCACAAAUGCCCAUCGUACUCGAUUGCGAGAUCGUCAAAGACGAGGUCUUGGAGAACGGCGCGAAACGCAAUACAAGUCGCCGCUGCAAAUUGGCCGUCGAUGCGCCGUAUAUUUUCAAAAAACUUAUAGGUGUAGACUUUGUAUAUUUUCUGCAACACAACUACCUCGAUAUGGCCAACCGCACUUUGAGUAUAGAGGCUGUGAACGAGAGUUUCUCAUCACGUAUAGAAAUCUUCGAACGUUGCCGUUACUAUGCACAUCCCGACAAUCCCGAUUGGACCUGUUUCGACCAGACUGCCACAUUGGAUAUUAAGAACUUUUUCGGUUUCGAACACUCCAUGGAGAAGAUGGGUAUGAAGCAGUACACACAAACAACGCUGAAGGGCAAGGAAAUCAUCGAGUAUUUCAUAAGCGAACUGAAAGAGAAGGGCGUAACCAAAGUGGAACGUUGGGUGCCGCCAGUCGAUGCACCCUGUUCGCCGAACACACGUGAAGCUAGUGAGGAGCCAAUACAGAAACUUAAAGAUGAGGAAAGGCGCCGCUCCUCCCAUGAUGUGCUGCUCGAUGGCGAUUUUAUAGCGAAAAAUUUGGGCACACUCACACCGAUGCAGGCGUCGAAGCUGUUGGAGCUGCGAAAAAUGCUGAAUGGUGUCGAGGACUUGGAGCAAAUGCCCAGUUAUCAGACCAUACUGCGUUUUUUGACAGCACGCGACUGGCAUGUGAACCAGGCCUGCACCAUGCUCAAGGAUUCGCUAAAGUGGCGCAAAGAGCACAACAUCGACUCGCUGGUUAAGGACUACAAAGCGCCGGCGGUGGUAGUGAACCACUUUCCGGGCGCAUGGCAUCAUCACGACAAAGAUGGUCGUCCGAUAUAUAUACUGCGUUUGGGUCACAUGGACGUGAAAGGUCUGCUGAAGUCGAUCGGUACCGAAGGUUUACUAAAGCUCACGCUGCACAUUUGUGAGGAGGGCAUGCAGCGCAUUAAGGAGUCAGCCGAAAAAUUGGGUCAACCCGUGUUGAGUUGGUGUAUGCUUGUGGACUUGGAGGGUCUUUCCAUGCGUCAUCUCUGGCGCCCGGGUGUAAAAGCUCUACUCAAUAUCAUCGAAACGGUCGAGCGCAACUACCCUGAAACAAUGGGUCGUGUGCUGGUGGUGCGUGCGCCGCGCGUCUUUCCCAUUGCCUGGACAAUUGUGAGCGCUUUUAUUCAUGAAAAUACGCGCUCUAAAUUUCUAUUUUACGGCGGUCCCGAUUGCCUGCACAUGAAGGACGGCUUGGAACAAUACAUCGAUUCGGAGAUCAUACCGGACUUUUUGGGUGGUCCAUGUAAGACACUCAUACACGAAGGUGGUCUCGUGCCAAAAACGCUCUAUAAAAUGAAUUCGCUUGAAGACGACGAUGCAGAGGAAGAGGAGGUCAAAAAGUCGCUGGAAGCCGGUGGCGCAUUGAUGCAUGAACAUCGCAGUCUCUACAAAACCGUUGAGCUACGCACCGGUUACAUACACGAGGUGAUUAUACCGAAUCAGGACCCGAAGAGCGUGCUAACCUGGGAUUUCGACGUGAUGCGCAGUGAUCUACACUUCACGUUGUAUCGCGCCACAAAAGAGCUGCCACCAAAAACUGACACCUCUGUUUCCAUAUUCGAUAUGAGUGAUUUCGUGGAAGGCGAACACUACUUCAAGGAGGAGCCGACGCUCAUUUGCCGACACCGUGAAAGUGUGCAGGGUUCCCAUGUAAUGCACCACACGCACUCCUACAUCAUGCAGUGGUUUAGCCCGUCGAGCGGCGCUGAAGGCCCCGCACAAUUGAACUUCUUCUACGAGGUGCUCAGCUCGGCCAACUACAAAGGCUCCAUGACCAGCCUACAAUCCGGUUUUUCAUCAUCCUCAGCUGCCAGCUCGUGUCAGAGUCGAUGAUAUGAAGCGAACAAUGGCGCGGCCUGCAGUAGUGCGGCAGCACGAGCGGAGCAUGCCAAUGGAAUGGCGGCGGGUGGUGUUGCAGCAGCGGGGAAGCAACAGCAGCAGGAACAUAAUGGUGAGGAGCAGGUGCAUGCGCAUGGCAUUAUGGCGGCGAAUUCGUUGAUGGAAAAGACAUUGAAUUGAGUUGAAAAUGAGAGUGUAUGUGUAGCGCAAAUAAAUACACAGUUAACUUUUGUUUUUAACCACAAAAUAAUAUAAUUUAGUGUUACAUAAUGAUACUAUGAAAGAAUUACUAGUUUAAUAAAAAAAAAUCGUAAAGACGCUAUAAUUUAAUUUAAAAGCAAGAAAAAACGGGAGUUUGCUUUUAAAUAGCGUUUUAAUACAGUAAAUAAUAUUUUUUUUAGCGAAAGCAGCCGUGUUAGGUGUGUAAACCAAUUUCGCCUAAGGUGGCGAAAAUUUGCAAUUUUAAACAAUUUUAAUUUUGUAUUAACGAAUUUUAUAGCUAAAAUUUAAAUGACUUCAAAAGUAUAUAGAAGAAGAAGAAAUUGCUUGUAGAAAAGUGGCGUUAAAGUGUAAGCUCAUUAGCGCCAACGCCUUUUUUAAAAGUGUAUUCGCAUCGAUUAAUCGAUAACAGCAUGAACAAUAAUUAUUUGUCAGUAGCAAACAAUCAUGAAUGUAAUAAAAUAUUACAACUACGAAAUAACGCCGUUACAAAACAAUAAACGAUUUACAAUAUAGUAAAUAAAUGCAGUGCAAUUAUUUUUGAAGCAAAUUUAGCAAAGGAAUUGUUACUAAUUUUGUAUGUUGCACACAACACAAGCACAGAAAUAAUAUUUCAUAAAAAACACACACUUAUUCGCUGUAACGAUUGUUUUCAGUGCAAAUAUUAUCGAUUGCAAGAAUAUUUUUGUUGUAGUGAUAUAUAGCUUCAGGAUUAACUGCUAAAUUUUUCUAAAAAAAAAAUAAUAAUUUGAAAAAAAUUUUAAUAAUUAAUAAUAAAAAUAUAAUUUUAAUUAAUUAUUUUAAUAAAAAAAACUUUUACUAAAAUAUUUUUAGAAUAGAAACAAGCUUUUAAGUGAUAAAGUACGUAAUCAAGUUGUUUAUGUUUUUAAUUACGUAAACUAUGUUGCAAAUAUUAACAAAAAAUCGAGAAUUUCCUAAAUCAUCGCACAUAACCUAAAAACUAUAUGCGUUAUUACGAUAGUAAUCGCUUUUAUUCGAACUCCCAAAGAAAUGGUUGUAAAAACUAAAUAAACAAUAGGUUUAAUUCUUAAUGAAAAUGCAUAAACAUAUAUUUCUAAAGAGUUCACACUUUUAUUUUAUGUCAAUUAACACAGACGGCUGAGAAAAAUUUAGUAAAAUACAAAUAAAGUAUAUAAAAAUGUAUGUAUGUAUUUAUGUACAACAAAAAUGCGAAUCAAAUAUGUUCAUAAAUAUAAAAUUAAAUAUAGCACGUGCCCACGACAGUCGGGUCUAAAUAACCGGAACGGACCCGGAUUUUUAUCCGGCCAAGGACUGUCAACUCGGCAUCAUUCCUCAAAACUACUUUAGGAAUGCUUUCUGCCGUUACAAUAACAACAACAAAAUCUAGCAAAGUAAUUUUUAAGUAGACAUACAUACAUACAUGCAAACAAAUAAAUUUAAAUGUAUUUGCUAGUAAAUUUUGCCGGCAACAAGAUUGCUGCCUAAGCAUUAUACUAUAAGUAAAUAAAUUUAUAAAUAAAAAAUGCAAAUUUUUUAGCUUUUUA